UCCCCUCCGCGAUGCUGUUGUAUGACGUCACGUUAACAUGGCGGCGCUCUGAGAGAUUUGCAGAGUUAUUAUAAACAUUUACUUUUAAUCAAAUAAAUGCACAAAAGUUUCCAUUUUACAUUCUGUUUAGCACACGUUUUCAGAGACGUGCAAAACUGUAAACGAUCUAAUCUCAACUGAUACUCAUAAACCAGAAACUUCUGGCAUUGUUGUUUUGUUUAUUUCUACAUUAUUCGAGCAUCUGAUUCAUGUUUAUAAAUGUCGCCAAUAUUCUCAUCAUCCUAAACGAAGACUUGUUUCAACACGAACAGGAAUAACUCCAGGUGUUUCAACUGAGAUCUGCGGGAUAAAACAUUGUAAAAUGAUGUUUAUUAAAGAAGAGAGUGAGGACAUGAGUUAUCCAGAAUCAUGCAGUUCAAAUGUCAUGAAAAAUGAAGAUACUGAGGAACAAAGAGCUGAUGGACGUGAAAGAGGAAAGUCAAGAACUGAAUGAAGUGAAAGAGGAGAAACACCAUCAGACACUUCAUAAUUUCAAAACUGAACAAAAGUCUUUUAGUGGCUCACAGACUGAAAAUAAUUUCUUACAAAAAAGAACUAAAAAAACAAGAGUAAAACAUUGUUUCACCUGCAGUCAGUGUGGAAGGAGUUACACGCAUAAAGCAGAUCUUAAGUAUCACACUCACAUUCACACUGGAGAGAAGCCGUUCACCUGUCAUCAAUGUGGGAAUACAUUCACAUGUAAAGAAAGUCUUAAAAAGCACAUGAAAAUUCAUACUGGAGAGAAGCCUUUCAAAUGUCAUCAGUGUGGGAAGAGUUUCACACGUAAAGAAAAUGUUACUUCGCACAUGAGAAUUCACACUGGUGAGAAGCCUUUCAAAUGCCAUCAGUGUGGGAAGAGUUUCAGACAUGCAUGUAGUCUCAAAAGACAUCUGUCCUCUCACUCUGGAGAAAAGUCAUAUAGCUGUGAUCAGUGCUGCAAAACAUUUUCUUCAGUAUUACUCUUAAGAAAACACCAGAAAAUUCAUCUAAAUGAAAAGCCUUACUCAUGUUCACUUUGUGGAAAGAGUUUUGCACAUCUGCACAAUUUUAAAGAUCACCAGAAAUUGCAUUCUGCUGUGAGAGAUCAUGUGUGCUCCGAGUGUGGAAAAGCCUUUUACAGAGCUUAUGUCUUAGAACUGCACAAAAGAGUCCACACUGGAGAAAAACCUUACAAGUGUUCAUAUUGCGAAAAGAGGUUUUCUAUUUCAGGAAACCUGAAAAAACAUGAGCGAGUGCAUACUGGAGAAAAACCAUACAAUUGCACUUCUUGUGGGAAGAGUUUCAGCCUGUCAUGCACUCUACAGGUUCAUAGAACAAAGCAUUGUCACAGUAAACAAAGUUGAUCUUUAUUUGUCAUGCAUAUGGUUUAAAAGAAAAAAAUAUUCUCAAAAGAAAUAUUACAAGCGGGUGAAGUGCUACAUUUACUGCAGAGUUGAUUAAACUGUCACUCUGUGCUUUGCAUUUCUGAAAUUGUGCAUUCUCGUUUCCUUUCCUUGCUUGCAUUCAUGCAUCCUAGAUCCUUCCUAAUCAAAGCAAAAUGCAUUUGCCUUCCUUGCUCACUCAAACAUCACUUCAGAGCCCUUCUUUGCACAGCUCACUUCCCUUGGAAGGACUCCAUACUAAAAAAAUUAUUGCAGAGCCAUUGGCUUCUAAACUGAAAAAUGUAGUAGCCAAAUGGUUAUUUUUAGUUGCCAAAUUACAAAAUUGCUCAAUUUAGAUAGUUGUUCAGAAGCAAGAUAGAAAGCAGAAGACAGCUGUAAAUAAAAUAUAUUAUUCUUUUUUAAUUAUUUUUUAUAUAGAUUUUAUAUAUAUAAAUUAUUGAAACUGGGUGGGGGGGAUUUCUAAAAUGGUAAAAAAAAAAAAAAAAAAGUUAAUUGGUUAACAGGUCCCUAUACAGAAGUUUUUUGUAAAAUAUAUUUAAUUAGACAAUUAAUACAUAAUAAAAUUAUGUUUUUAAGAAGUAAAAAGUAUGAUUUUACCAUCCAAUUUACAGGAAAAUGUUAUAUUGUUUAACAAGACAACAUUUUCUUUUACUGUAAAUUAUUGUUAAUCGUUCCCAGAAGCUCCUCACUAACCCAUCACAUUUUAUUACAUAAUUGUUUCUUCUUAAGGCCUUUUCACACCAAACACGACCCUUCGACGCACUUUCUCGCCGUGAUUAACAUUUUUACGGUAACAAUGGAUUCCCUUCACACCUGGAACAAACGUUCGCGCCGAAUUGCAUGCUGACAAAUCAAAGCUUUUUUACGGUGUGUCGAAUUUUUUUCUUCUCCCGGUGAAGAAACGGCCCGACCGAUAAAAUUUGAGCUGCGAAUCACUUGCCAAGAGCUGCUUCAGGUGCCAAAACCAGCAGAACAGGUGGCGCUAAAGCACAGAAAGCUGUUUUGCCCACCAACAUUAAAUGCUGAAGCAGUGAGGAUGUGUUUCAUUUGCUUGACAUUUCUCCUAUGGGGGUUCUCUUAACAUGUCAAUUAUAUUGCUGCUUCACUGCCUUACAUCCCCUUUAAAAAAAACUCUGAUCUUACAUGGAUUGUCUUCAUAUAUUGGUGUAUUUUUUUCCUUUCCUUAAUCUUACCUGAGUUCUAUGGGAAAGGGCCAUUCACCGGCGAAUCGCCUCAUCGCGUUGCGUUUGGUCUGAAAAGGCCUUUAUUGUUUUAUAUCAGUUAUGCACGCUGGGGUGUUGUAUGUUAUAUAUUAUGUAGUUGAUGUUUAUUGCAUUAUUCGCACUGGUGCAGGGGCUCUUCUACCAGAACCGGAGAGUUCCCGCUGUCCUCUCUAGUAAUUUGACUUAUCCACCUUAUUCCUGGGGGGUCUUGCUGGGGAAACAGAUAUGGGAUGAACUUCCACCGGAACUCGUUCUGUAGCAUUCGCUAACGCAGGCAGCAGUCAUUUAGACCUCGUUUUCAGCUGGUAUUAGGAUGUGAUUCAGAUGAUCCGAUGACAAGUGAUCAGCACUAUAUACAGGUGUAAAUGGGGUGCAAAAUCUUUUGUGAUUGAAUCACAAAAAACACAUACGGAGGUAGUCAAAAAUGCAUUUGAAACUCUGUAAACAUCAUCCGGGAUGCAGUGAAGUGUCACUCCGUAUCUGUCAAUCAACCGCUGCGCUAAAUCAAGAGCUUAAACUGUUCAUGACUCUGGUGACACAUGGCUUUAAAAGGAAAUAACUGUCCGAUUGGAAAAAUUGAAAAAUAGUUUACAUAUACAUGAACGAGAUCUUUACGGAUUUUCUUCAGCGUCUUCGUGUGCCCUUACAGUAGAUGGAAUUUCAGCUGUACCUGGUGCACCAUUUCUCCAUGCUUCUUUGUCUUUUGUGAAAUUUUUCUGGUUUAAUAAUUUAUGAUGUAGUGAUGAUUAAUGUCAUCAUGAAACCCUCCCCUCAAAAACCGAUCACAAGAGCUCACAGGAGAUGCAUUUUUGCAACCAACAGCGAUGUGUCUUGUCUGACCACGUGAUCGGAUCAUCUUAAUACUGUGAUGAUGUGCAUUAAUUACAAUACCCGUUGUUCUUCAAGAGUCCAGUAGAUGGCACUGCUACAGCAAAUGUUAUAAAUGCUUUGAGAAACAGACGUACAAGGCCAAUAUGUAAUGUGUGAUCAGUCAGUAAACAGAGACAUGUUGAGCUGUAAGUCAAAAAGUGAGUCAUUUUAUUUUGAAUCAUUGAACAAAACAAAUACCAGCUAUAAACAAGUUCAUAGUGAGUAUUGUAAUAUUUUUUGCUAGAACACGUUACUAUGUCCUUACAGAGCUCAGGGAUAACGUUCGUAGCUCUACAUACAUCCUGAGACCACUUCUUUAAAUCGUCCUCCAAAACCUCUAUUAAAUAUGGAACAGCUAUCUGUAUAUUGUCCUUAUUAAGCUCCGUCAGACUGUGCUCACACAUCUAGAAGUAUGAAUGAAUGGUCAACACCGCAACGAAACAAUUAAUGAACGUACAAUACAACCACAACUGCUUACUUCUUAGCGGAAGUACCUCCCACAUUUCGCGCAAAGCAUCAUGGAAAUAAGGUGGAUAGUCUUAAUAGUGUUUGUUUUUGACUCACCGUUAUUGGUGUACACUAAACAUUAGAAAUCUUUCAUCCAAAACACUAAUCUUAAUGAAAUUAUUGCAGAUCAUAGUUUUGAUGCACUUUGACAGAAUCCUGGUUUAAAUUGGAUUAAUAUAUUAGUUUAAAUGAGUCUGCUCUUCCAGAUUAUGAACAUGAACAGCAUAUAAUCAUUUCCAACAAUAACAUCAAUAAUUUUAUUAUAUAUACAUUUAACAUGUUUAAUUUUUCUGUCAUUGAGCAAAUUUUAGUUGAUGCUACCCUUUUAAAAAAAUUGUUAGCUACACUACAAGCUAUUAACAAUAGGGCCUAAAUACAGUGGUGUUAUCUUAUAUAAAAUAUAUAACUAUCAGCAUCAAACAGCAUUUGAACAGAUACACUGGAGUGUAAAUAAAUGUAAACAUAUCUGCUGUAUGUAAAUGAGUCGAAAACAGUGGUAAACAGCGGUAUUCGUGUAACGAAAUAUUCAGCGACAAAUAAGGAGGCGUGAAAUGUGUAGGGUAUUUGAGUUUGUAACGGCCAACUAGUACAAAAUUAAAAAUUUCUUUCCAGUGGGGGGCCUGGGUAGCUCAGCAAGUAAAGCCGCGAGUUUGAAUCCAGGGCAUGCUGAGUGACUCCAGCCAGGUCUCCUAAGCAACCAAAUUGGCCCGGUUGCUAGGAAGGGUAGAGUCACAUGGGGUAACCUCCUCAUGGUCGCUAUAAUGUGGUUCGCUCUCGGUGGGGUGCAUGGUGAGUUGUGCGUGGAUGCCGCGGAGAGUAGUGUAUAGCCUCCACAUGCGCUAUGUCUCCGCGGUAACGCGCUCAACAAGCCACGUGAUAAGCUUGAUUGAGGCAAGUCACUACAGAACAACGAGGACUUACAGCGCAUUGGGAAUUGGGCAUUCCAAAUUGGGGAGAAAAGGAGAGACAUUUUUUUUUUCAUUUCCUCUGUAAAAAUGUCUCCAGUGAGAUGUCAAACUUUAAAUUAAAGGGAUAGUUCACCAACAAAUGAAAAUUCUUUCAUCAUUUACUCACCCUCAUGCCAUCCCAGAUGUGUAUGACUUUCUAUUUUCUGCUGAACACAAAUGAUUGAAUUCAUCUAAAAGAUUUUUAGAAGAAUAUCUCCGCUCUGUAGGUCCUCACAAUGUAAGUGAAUGGUGAUCAUUUUAUUCAUUCAUUUAUAUUUAUUAAUUUGGCAGACGCUUUUAUCCAAAGCGACUUACAAAAGAGGAAUACAUUAUAAGCGAAUCAUCUUAAGGAGACAGUGGUACGAAAAGUGCCAUAUUACAAGUUUCACUAGCAUCAGAAUAAUAUUCAAGAUAGAUUAAAGUGCAACCAUUUUUUAAUCUAUUUUUAUGACUGGUUGAGUGCUCAUGGAAAAGAUGUGUUUUUAGCCAUUUUUUGAAGACAGAAAGUGAGUCAGCUUCACAGAUGGAGUUGGGAAGGUCAUUCCACCAAUGUGGUAUGAUGAAGCCGAAAGUCCGGGAAAGUGUUUUGGUACCUCUGUGUGUUAGUACAACAAGGCGAUGUAACAUAGCCAACUGCAGGCUUCUGGUGGGAACUUAGCUCUGCAGAAAUGAUUUUAUGUAUGCUGGAGCAGACCCAGUGACUGUUCUGUAUGCCAGCAUCAGAGCCUUGAAUUUGAUACGUGCAGCAACUGGCAGCCAGUGAAGAGAGACAAGGAGUGGUGUGACAUGCGGGGUCUAAUUGCACGUGCAGCAAGGCCUGGAAUGAGAGCGUUACAGUAGUCCAGUCUAGUUAUGACAAGUGACUGAACAAGAAGUUGUGUGGCAUGUUCAGAGAGGAAGGGUCUUAUCUUCCUGAUAUUGUAGAGUGUAAAUCUACAUGAUCGUGUUGUCUUUGAGAUGUGGUCUGUGAAAUUUUGUUGGUUAUCGAUGGUUACCCCUAGAUUUCUGGCUGUUUUGGAAGGCGUUACUGUAGUUGAACCCAUCUCCAUGGUGAUGUUGUGUUCAACAGCAGGGUUGGCUGGAAAGAAAAGGAGUUCGGUCUUGGCUGGGUUAAGUUGCAGGUGGUGUUCCUUCAUCUAGGCCGAGAUGUCUGCCAGUCACUGUGGUGUCGUUGGGCUGGAAAGACAAGUAGAGCUGUGUGUCAUUGGCGUAGCAGUGGUAAGAGAAACCAUGUGCCUGAAUGAUGGGUCCCAUUGAUGUUGUGUAUAUAGAGAAGAGAAGUGGCCCAAGCACUGAACCCUGAGGUACCGCAUCAGUUUUCACACGUAUAUGUGUCCUUGUGUGAUUAUUCUGGCUGAGAGAGGCAGAGCGUGCACUUUUUCAAAGUACUUUUUGUUUCACAUUCUCUCGCUCUCACUCACCUGCCCACUCCUCUCUGCACACACUGUAUGUGUGUGCGCACAAAAGAGAUCGUCACACUUUCAGACGUGCUCUGCCGCUCAACCAGAAACAUGUAUAAUGUAAGUACACUUUUAAAAGUACAUUCCACAACUCUUUGUUUUUUAGUUUUAUUAUAUUAAUUUUGUCAAACAUUUCACAGUUCAUUUUGAUGGAAUUUUUUUAUGAACUUGAAAUGCGUAAAUCUUAAAAGGAGGCUUAAAUAUAUGUUUGAGUGUAUUCACAUACAAUCCAUACAAAGAAGAACACCUGGGCGCAGC